AUGGCGGCCGUUGUCGCACCGUGUGCGGGACUGAGGAGCUGGGCGUUUUACAUCAUUACCGGCAUCAUCUGCACUGUCAUUGAAAACACGACCUGCUCCACAUGUAAACACAGAGUACCCGAUCGGAGAGAGGUGAUAUAUCAAGUAUAUAUAGAACCAAGUCGAAUUACCAGAAGGAGUAUUGAUCAGCAUCUAAGAAUAAAAAUUGUGUACGAUUUAAGCAUUGAAUAUUUACCCACGGAUAAAAAACAUUUAGUUAAGAAUAAACUGUUCCCAAAAGCAAUUAAAUAUUUACAAGAAACAUUCCAAGUUCGUAAAGUUGUUGGUCCAAUUCUGCUUAACAGGCCAUGUGCAACCAAUCAGUACUUAAGAAAGAAGGAUGACCCACAUAUGUAUUGUCAAGGUGCCUGUGCUGCCAUUACAAGAUGCGGCCCGGUAGUUGUUCCAGAAGAACAUUUACAGCAAUGUAGGGUGUGUAGUGAAAAUGGAAAAUCCUGUGGGUCUGCAGGGUUAACCGAUGGUCCAGGUGUCACAGAUGCUGACUUUUUGCUUUAUGUGAGUGCACUGACUACAGAACGUUGUGGACAAGAGGAUAUUGUAGCCUAUGCAGCAUACUGUCAGCUGGAAGCUGAAUUGGACAGGCCUAUUGCAGGAUAUGCAAACCUAUGUCCAGGUAUGAUUCCCACUGAGCCACAAGAGUUCAAGGGCAUGUUGUCAACUGUGAAGCAUGAAAUUGUCCAUGCUUUGGGCUUCUCUGCAGGACUUUUUGCUUUCUACCGUGAUGAUGAGGGAAAACCUUUAACUGCAAGAAAGGCAAAUGGUCUUCCAUCUUUUAAUGAAUCGCUUGGAUUGUAUCAGUGGAGUGACAAAGUUGCACGCAAGGCAUCAAGGUUAUGGGAUAUAAGGGGAAACAAAAAACUUAAUCAUGAGGUCCUCCUCCUUGUAACUCCACGUGUUGUUAAAGAAGCUCAGAACCACUUUAACUGCCCAAGUCUCGAAGGAAUGGAACUUGAGAAUCAAGGUGGAAUGGGUACUGAACUGAAUCACUGGGAAAAGAGAUUGCUGGAGAAUGAAGCAAUGACAGGAUCUCACACACAAAACAGAGUUUUCUCCAGGUUAACCUUGGCAGCUUUAGAAGAUACAGGAUGGUACAAAGCCAAUUAUAGUAUGGCAGAGAGACUGGAAUGGGGUGAAGGCAUGGGCUGUGACUUUGUAAUGAAAAGCUGCAAGUACUGGAUUGACCAACAGCGGAAGGUGAAUAAGAAUAUAACUCCAUAUUGUGACACACUAAGGACAUCUCCAUUACGGUUAACAUGUCGGCAGGAUCAGAAGGCUGUAGCAGUCUGUAAUUUAGAGAAGUUCCCAGCACAUCUACCAUCAGAGUAUCAGUAUUUUGACUACCUUGAUGGUGUACCAGAAGGAGAGCUGCAGUACUAUGGCGGAUCAGUGGAAAUAGCUGACUACUGCCCUUUUAGUCAGGAGUUCAGUUGGUAUAUAAGUGGUGAAUUCCAGCGUGGCUCUGAUUGCAGAAUCUCUCAAAAUCAACCAGAGCCUUCUCGAAACUAUGGUGCUGAAGAAUAUGGACCAACCUCUGUCUGCCUUGCUCAGAAAUCUCGUUUUGUAAUGCAGCAAUGCAACAAGAGUCCAGGCUCUCCAGACUGGGGUAGUGGAUGUUAUAGAGUUUCCUGUACAAUUGAGGGACUAAUCGUCUGGGUUUCUGAUAAGUUCUAUUUAUGCAGUCGAACAGGGCAGGUACUUUCUAUUAACGUUGUGAUGAAUGACUGGGUCUACACGGGAAGCCUGGUAUGUCCAUCUUGUUUUGACUUCUGCAGUACAUGUCCACCAGAGCGUGAUCCGCCGUUAAGUAAUUUCACAAGGAUAAUUCCAAUAGAUCCCUGCUCCAGGUCAUCAGGACUGGUGGUUACUCUUUGGUUGCUCGUGGCUAACUUCCUCCCACUGGUCGUAGGCUUCUUCCUCUGUGUAUGGAAUUAACUCCAUUAAAGGAUGUACUAAGGUUGUACAGUUUGAACACUGCCACAGCUAAGCAUCAUUUUGCAAAAGGAUACAUUAGGUGCUUUUACCGAAAAGACUGAACCCUUUUUUUUGUGAUACGUACAAGGAUUGACUGUAACAUUUAAUCUCAGUUGAUUAAACACUCCAAGAAACUACGGCUAUGUCAAAUGACAAGGGUGCUACUACUAUACUUUGUACAUUGAACGAUACUGAACUACCUCGAAGAUAUUUCAUAGUAAAAUGAGCUAAAUGCAGUCCCUUCUUUGAUCCCUUGUAUAUGCACAUUGAUUUUUCAGAGUUUGAAUGUUAUAUGUAAAUGGUAAUGACUUGCACAGAUCGUCAAAUAGGAUUCACAAGCAUGUCAAUCCGUCACUAUUUGCACUUAUGUUGCUUGGUUUGCAGUUCGUGCCUCAGCUUUAUCAGAAAAAGCAAUCCUGCACAAUUGUAAAUGAUUAGUAGAACUUCUAUAAUAAUGAUUAUGUGAGCAUCAAAAAUUUGUUUUAAUAAUUGUUCUGUUCUCGGCCAAGAAGUUUGCCUUGGAUGUCAUGUAUAGCAAUAAGUAAUGGAGCACACUGUUGUCCAUCUUGUAAUCCUUUCCUGUUUGCUGGUUCUUUAAUCAGAUGUUAAGAUGUCAAUAAUUCUGGGGACCAUAGAAGCUGGAUUUGUAACAUGGAUUAAAAUAAAAUAUUGAAGACAAGUGGACAACAGUUCCACUUUUCCUUUAUGCUGUCCUAAUGGCUCAGUAGAUUUUAAAAAUUGAAGCACUGAUUAGAUCUCAAGUUGAGCUGGGUGGAGUUGUAGCACUCCCCAAGAUUGAAUUAAUGCUUAUAGGAAGACCUGAGAGUAGAGUGUGGUCACUUGAGUAACUUAUGGGUGCCUAGCCCCUUUGACCCAGUAGGAAAUUUGGCACUUUUAAAGAAGGAGAAAAAUCUGGUGAAAAGCUUUUAGUUUUGUCAACUUAUAGUUUUAUUUAAAUUUAAAUUAAACCAUGUAAAUUAUUUGUACAAUAGAUCUGUAUUGUGAUCAUUUAAUGGUACAAUUUAAUUGUAGA